AUGGAUUUAAACUUCAAAACUAAAAGUGUCAAAAUCAAUGGCCAAAACCAUCGAAUUUUACUGCAAAACGAAAAUGGACCUUGUGCCUUGUUAGCACUUGCUAAUGUUCUACUACUUUCCCCAAAUCAUACGCGUUAUUCCUGUGAAUUAAUAAGAUUGGUAAACAAGGGAAGUGAAAUAUCUUUAAGAGAACUUAUCGAAGUCUUAGCAGAUAUCGGUUUACAAGUUACAGAUAAACCUAGUACUGAUAUAAAUGAGUUACUAAGUUUAUUGCCUCGACUACAUGAGGGUUUGAAUAUCAACCCCCAGUUUGAUGGGUCCUUUGAAAACACUAAGGAGAUGUCACUAUUUCGGUUGUUCGACGUUGAUCUCGUCCAUGGCUGGGUUAUUGACACUCUUACAGAUAAAGCUGUCAAUGAAAAAUUAUCUCAUUAUUCUUAUGAAUCAGCUCAGAGAAUCUUAACGCAAGUAGCUGAUAUAAAUAGUGGAAUAUCCAAAGAUGAAAACUCUGACGAAAUUUUAGGUGAUGCUAUGCAUUUAGAGCUGUUUUUUAACGAAUCACCGACGCAAUUGACCGCCUUUGGACUCCUUCACUUAAGAGAAACGUUGCCACACAACACAUUCUCUAUUUUAUUCAGAAAUGAUCAUUUUUGUACACUGUAUAAAUACAAAGAUCAAUUAUACACAUUGGUUACAGACUUUGGUUACAAGAAUUGUAAAGACAUCGUAUGGCAAUCUUUAGAUUCUGUGGACGGCUCAGGUGAUGCUUUUUUUGCUGGUAAUUUUAGUACUGCAAAAGUAGAUGGACAGCAAUUAUUAACUGAGACUGAACGUAAUUUUGGAACGGAAAAUCUGCUGCUUGGAGAAAUUCAGCAGAUUGAAAACGAUAAAGAACUAGCCAAACAAUUACAAGAACAAGAACAAGAACGUGUUACAAAAUUGGAAACAAAAAGGAAAAAUCUUUCCCAUAAAAAAAAAUCAGGAAUACACGCACCAGUCAAAAAAGACACUGUUAAGCGAAGAAACAACCUUCUCAAAACAAAAACUUCUGAAACUGAGAAAAGUGAAUGCAUUAUAAUGUAA